CUCCGAGAGAUGCGCCCCCACCACUCAGGCUCCCUCCCCAUCCUCCUCCUCUUCCUCCUCCCCACGGUCCCAAUGAAGCCCCAGCCCCCACCCUUGGCGCUGCCCCCAUUCUUGGCUCCGGAGUGGGAUCUGCUGUCCCCGCGUGUCGCCUUGUCCAGGGGUACUCCCUCAGGCCCCCCUCUGCUCUUCCUGCUGGAGGCGGGGGCCUUUGGAGAGCCCGCCGGUGCCCCGGCCAACCGCAGCCGGCGCGGGGUGAGCGAGACGGCGCCGGCGAGUCGCCGGGGAGAGCUGGCCGUGUGUGACGCCGUCAGCGGCUGGGUGACGGACCGCCGGACGGCAGUGGACCUGCGAGGGCGCGAGGUGGAAGUGCUGGGCGAGGUGCCUGCGGCCGGGGGCAGCCCGCUCCGCCAGUACUUCUUCGAGACACGCUGCAAAGCUGACGGCGCCGCCGUUGCCGGGGAAGGCGUCCCUGGGGCCGGUGGCGGGGGAUGCCGGGGGGUGGACCGGAGGCACUGGGUGUCCGAGUGCAAAGCCAAGCAGUCGUACGUGCGGGCGCUGACCGCUGACGCGCAGGGCCGCGUCGGCUGGCGAUGGAUCCGAAUCGACACCGCCUGUGUCUGCACGCUGCUCAGCCGGACUGGCCGGGCCUGA